CUCUGUUAUAUGAAGGUACGCGUCGCCGCAAACAUCGCGAGAUUUUACUUACGACGCCGCCAUAAGAAUUUCCUGCGCGGGGCCUUGGUCCCCACUGUACAUAGCGUCGGGCUUGGGGGCCACGGGGAGGCCCGGGACCCUCAGAUCCAGGAAUGGAGUCUGUGACCUUUGAGGAUGUGGCUGUGAACUUUACCCUGGAAGAGUGGGCUUUGCUAGAUCCUUCACAAAAGAGGCUCUACAGAGAUGUGAUACAAGAAACCUUCUGGAACCUGGCUGCUAUAGGAAAUAAUUGGGAGGAGCAGAACAUUGCAGAUGAAUAUGAAAAUUCAAGGAGAAAUCUAAGAAGUCAAGUGGUAGAGAGUUUCUGUGAAUAUAAAGAAAGUAGUCAAUGUGGGGAAAUCUUCAGCCCGCUUCCAGAUCCUAUUGUGAACACGAAAACUUUUCCUGGAGUAAAGCUAGGUGAAAGUCAUGUCUGUGGAAAUGUCCUUAUUGUUCCUUCAUUCCUAAAUUUGUCCCUCAGGGAGGACACUGAGCAGGAACCAUAUGUGUAUGAGGAAUAUGGAGAGAUGUUGGAUAAAUUUGAGGAACAUGGGAACGCCUUCCGUUUUCCCCAGUGGUUUCACAUGUUUGAAAGGACUCCAGCUGGAGAGAAACCCUAUGAAAGUGAACCAUGUGAUAACUUUAGUUGUCUCAAUUCUCUUCAAAACCAUGAAAAGAUUCUCUGUGGAGAGAAACAACAUGAAUAUAAGCAAUGUGGGACACUCUUCAGGAGUCACAGUUAUGUAGGUAAGCAAUGUAGGAACACCUUCACAAGUCUUGGGCACAAGCAGAGACCCACCAUAGCUCACACUGGUGAUAGACCCUUUAAGUUUCAGGUGCCUGGUAAGGCCUUUGAUGGUUCCAGUUCGUUUCUCAUAUACGAAAGAAAUCACACUAGAGAGAAACAUUAUGAAUGUAACCAAUGUGGGAAAACUUUCACUUUUUCUAGUUCUUUUCGAAGACAUGUACGAACUCACAGUGGAGAGAAACCCUACAUAUGUAAGCUAUGUGACAAGGCCUUCAGUUGUUCCAGGUCUCUUCAAAGACAUGAAGAAGCUCACAAUGGAAGGAAACGUUAUGUUUGUAAGCAAUGUGGGAAAACUUUUAGUUCUACUAGUUACAUUCGAAUACAUGAAAAAUCUCACACUGGAGAAAAACCUUAUGUAUGUAAGCAGUGUGGGAAACCCUACCACAUUCCCAGAUCUCUCAGAAAACAUGAAAUAACUCAUACUGGAGAGAAACCCUUUGUAUGUGGGCAAUGUGGAAAAGCUUUCCAUUGGUCCAAUUAUCUUCGCGUGCAUGAAAGAGUUCACACUGGAGAGAAACCCUAUAUAUGCAAAUAUUGUGGGAAAGCUUUUAGUUCUUCCAGUUAUAUAAAAAUACAUGAAAGAACUCAUACUGGAGAGAAGCCCUAUGUGUGUAAGCAGUGUGGGAAAUCCUACUGUGAUUCCCGUUCCUUAAGAAGACAUGAAAGAAGUCAUACUAGAAAGAAAUCUGGCAUACGUAAGGUAGGAAGGCCUCCAAUCUGUACAGUUCCCUUCACAAAUGUGAAAGAACUGGCCCUAGAGAGCAAUGUUAAAUACAGAAAGGGAGAAGAUCUCAUUAACACAGGACCUUUCUAGGAACAAGGGAAUGCAUAUAAAGAGAACUGUAAGUAUGUAGGGUGUAGGAAUGUGGCUAGUCCUUUGGUUCCACACUGAUACGAAACUACAAAAUGUGAGAGAGAUUACUCGAAGAGAUGCGGAGAAGUCUUCAAAUGAUCCCCAUGUAAAAACUCACCCUAGGUCAGAAUUCCAUGAAUGUGACAAACCCAUAUGAUCUGCCAGUUGUAAAGAAUUCAGAAUCCUGUGAAGAGUGCUCAUGUAUGUAGUAGAAUUUUGUAAAUGAGAGUAAUAUAAUGAGGCUGAUGUAAAUUAAUUUGUGUAUAGUACUCAAAAGACUCACCUGGAGCAAAUGUACUGAAAGUUAUACAUGUAUUAUGAUGAGCAGUAACUCAUUCUUAUGGAAGAUCUCUGGCUAUGUAUAUGUUUUAAGAUUAUUUUUUGAGACAGGACCUUGCUGUUUGUAAGGCUGGCCUCAAUCUGCCUAUCACAGCCUCCAUAACUGAAAUUACAGACAUGUUCCAUUGUGCCCUUUUUUAAAAAUGUAAUUGUUCUUGAAAACAAAAAAAAGUGACAUAACAAGUUCGUGUAAGCAAUAUGGUGUAACUUUAAUAGGUAAUACUACUAGGCUUAAGCUUCAUGUCAUUUUUUAAAAUAAUGUAGUUAAUUGCCUAUUGAAACAUGGAGUUUUAAACUGUUGGGUUUUUCCUACUGGCCUGAUAUGGCUGUUUUUGAACUCUGAGUGUGUAUUUUGUGUGUGUGUGUGUGUGUGUGUGUGUGUAACUUUAUAUUUCAUGCAUAAGUUGCUUUUGUAGGUGAUUUUUACACUUCUUGCUUUUGAUGUACUUUUUUUAUGUUUCUGUACGUAUUUUUUAGUUUAUGAUUUCAUACAUCCUAUAGAAUAGCGUUAUCAUGUUCAUUUACUGAGACAAGAGCUACAAAUAUCACAUUGUAAUAUAUUAGAGAAAGAUUAUACAUUUAUAACAUUUUUCAUUUACUAUUGAAAAAUAUCCCUUGCUUAUAACUGUAGGUGUGUCUUUCCCCAUGAAAAUUUUUACUUUUCAUGUGUAUAGUCUUAUAACUUGUGUUUUGAUUUGUAAUUUUUUUCACUCAUCAUACCAAAAAGUGCAGUGUGCUGGUAUGACUGAUGUCUUGCGUGUACACUGGGUUAUGCCUGUUGUUGUGUAUGGCGUGAGGUCCUAGCAUAAUAAAUCUGUCCAUGCACCAUCA